GCGGCUGGGCCCUUCGGGCCGGCAGGCGGGCUUGCGGGGCGGCGGCACCGGGUGGGCGGCCUGGCGAGCCCGACACCCACCGCGGGACCCGACAACGCUCAGGUCUCGCCACAGGUGAAGCAGGAACCCCCGUGGGCGUGUUCCCGGCGGGGCUCUGGUCCCGGCCUCCCGCGUCCAGGCGGCGCUCCCCAGCCUCAGGGCCUUUAAGUCUCCGUGGCUCGGUGGAGGGAGAUUGGUUCGGUUUGAUUACUUUAGGAAAAAUGGCCUUGUCAGCCCAACAGAUACUCAGAUGGUUCAACUCAAUUAAGUCGAGCCGCUUCAUUAAUGCCACACAACUCACAAAACRUUUUCCAAGAUCAGGGAAAACAUGGUUACAAAGCUCUUCUGCUUGGCCUCAGAUGUCCUCUGACAAUUGUUUUCUCCAGUGGGGAUUUAAGACUUACAGAACUUCCUCCUUAUGGAGUAAUUCCCAGUCUACCAACUCAAGUAGGCAAGAGAAUAAUUCUGCCCAAAGCACUCUGCUUCCUUAUGUGAAUGAGCAGUCAGAGAAGACACAGAAGAUGCCCUGCUUUGACUCCGACCUGACUCUAGAAGAACUGGACGAUUUGCCUCCCUUGUCUCCAUUGCAUCCACUUUCCGAAGARGAGGCUGUUCAGAUUGUUGCACACCCUCCACUGCCUCCAGAUUCAUUCACACUUCGAGACUAUGUAGAUCAUUCUGAGACUCUGCAGAAGUUAGUGCUUUUAGGAGUGGAUUUGUCCAAGAUAGAAAAACAUCCGGAUGCAGCCAACCUUCUUCUAAGACUGGAUUUUGAAAAAGACAUUAAGCAAAUACUCCUGUUUCUCAAGGAUUUGGGUUUAGAGGAUAACCAGUUGGGAACAUUCCUGACUAAAAACUAUGCUGUUUUCUCUGAAGACCUUGAAAAUCUUAAGAUCAGGGUGGCUUAUCUACAAUCAAAAAAUUUUAGUAAGACAGAUAUUGCACAGAUGGUCAGAAAUGCCCCAUUUCUGCUGAAUUUUUCAGUGGAAAGACUGGAUAACAGAUUGGGAUUUUUUCAAAAAGAACUUGAACUUAGUGUGAAGAAGACUAGAGAUCUAGUUGUUCGUCUUCCAAGGCUACUAACUGGAAGUCUGGAACCUGUGAAAGAAAAUAUGAAGGUUUAUCGUCUUGAACUUGGUUUUAAACAUAAUGAAAUUCAGCAUAUGAUCACCAAAAUCCCAAAGAUGCUAACUGCAAAUAAAAGGAAACUUACGGAGACUUUUGAUUAUGUUCACAAUGUGAUGAGCAUUCCCCACCACAUCAUUGUCAAGUUCCCACAGGUAUUUAACACAAGGUUGUUUAAAAUCAAAGAAAGACACCUAUUUCUUACCUAUUUGGGAAGAGCACAGUAUGAUCCAGCAAAACCUAAUUACAUCUCUUUGGACAAAUUAGUAUCUAUUCCUGAUGAAAUAUUUUGUAAAGAGAUUGCCAAAGCCUCUCUACAGGACUUUGAAAAAUUCUUAAAAACUCUUUAGUUUUUGAUAAAUAUUAACAUGUAAUGUUGUAAAAUGAAUAUAUGUAUGAGUAAAAUAUAUUUUAAAAUAAAUGCC